AUGGGGAUUAUUAGUAAAAGAAAAAGGCAUGUUGAAGAUAGUAACUCCAGUAGUGAUGAUGAUGAUGGAUUUGAUAUCACAUCGAAUAUUGGUUUAAAUACUGCAGACAGUAGUGACGAAAGUGAGAGCUCUGGUGAUGAUGAAGAAGAAGUGCAGGAUAUUGUUGACUUUAGUGAUGAAGAAGAUACCAAAAAGAAACCUAAAUCGAGUAAUAAAACGUUAACCGACAACAAUAGUUUCCCAUCAUUAGAAAUAUCUGAUGAUGAAGAUUCUAAUAAUAAGGGUGACCAUGAAGAUGAUGAUGAUGAUUUGAAUGAUUAUUUUUCGAUUAAUAACAGUGAAAAGUCAAAGCACAAGAAAGGUAGUUUCCCAAGUUUUGGUUUCUCAAAAUUAAUACUAUCAAAUGUUCAUAAGAAAGGUUUUAGACAACCUACACCAAUUCAACGUAAAACCAUUCCGUUGAUUCUACAAAAGAGAGAUAUUGUUGGUAUGGCUCGUACUGGUUCUGGUAAAACUGCUGCAUUUGUUUUGCCAAUGAUAGAAAAGUUAAAGAGCCAUUCCAGUAAAAUUGGUGCCCGUGCAGUUAUUCUGUCACCAUCAAGAGAAUUGGCACUUCAAACACAUCGUGUAUUUAAAGAAUUUUCAAAGGGUACUCAUUUACGUAGUGUUCUUCUAACUGGUGGUGAUUCCUUAGAAGAUCAAUUUAGUAUGAUGAUGUCAAACCCAGACGUCAUUGUUGCUACACCAGGUCGUUUUUUGCAUUUAAAAGUUGAAAUGUCAUUAGAUCUGAAAACUGUCGAAUACGUGGUCUUUGAUGAAGCUGAUAGAUUAUUUGAAAUGGGUUUUCAAGAACAACUUAAUGAAUUACUAGCUGCAUUACCUAUGAAUAGACAGACUUUGUUAUUUUCGGCUACGCUACCAAGUUCCCUGGUAGAUUUUGCCAAGGCUGGGUUAACAAAUCCUGUCUUGGUCCGUUUAGAUGCUGAAACAAAAAUAUCAGAAAAUUUGGAAAUACUAUUUUUGUCAACCAAAAAUGAAGAAAGAGAAAAUAACCUUUUAUAUCUUCUGCAGGAUGUCAUUAAAAUCCCGUUAGGAACUGAUGAUCAAAUUAAGAAGCUAUCCGAUUUCAACAAAAGUUUAAGUGAUUCUGACUCUGAGGAUGAGGAUAAUAAAGGCAAACAAAAUUCAAGGAAAUCCAAGAAGGGUAAAUUUCAAAAACUAAAAGUUUCUGCAUCGAAUGAGCUACCUACUGAAAAAUCUACAAUUGUAUUCGCACCAACCCGUCACCAUGUAGAAUAUAUUACUCAAUUAUUGAAAGACAGUGGGUUUUUGGUUUCAUAUCUAUAUGGUACAUUAGAUCAGCAUGCUCGUAAGCGUCAGUUAUUGAAUUUUAGAGCAGGUCUAACCUCUAUCCUUGUUGUUACUGACGUUGCCGCAAGAGGUGUGGAUAUUCCUAUGUUAGCAAAUGUCAUUAACUAUUCACUUCCAGCAUCUUCAAAGAUCUUUAUUCAUCGUGUAGGUAGAACUGCAAGAGCUGGUAACAGAGGUUGGGCAUAUUCCAUAGUUUCUGAAACAGAAUUGCCUUAUAUGCUUGACUUGGAAUUAUUUUUGGGUAAAAAAAUUCUAUUGACAUCAAUGUAUGAAGCUAGUUGUAAAUUGAUGAAAAGUAAAUGGAUAGCAGAUGGUAAUACUGAAAGCUCAUUUGAAGAUCCAAAGAUAUCCUAUACCAAUAGAUUGGUUUUAGGUUCAGCACCAAGAUAUGACAUUGAGAGCGUUGGUGAUUUAUAUAAAAAUAUAAUUGAAUCUAAUUUUGAUCUUCAAAUGGCAAAAAAGGUUUCACUAAAAGCUGAAAAGCUUUACUGCAGAACUCGUACUGCUGCGUCUCCGGAAUCUAUCAAAAGAAGUAAAGAAGUUAUUGCUUCUGGCUGGGACGAACAAAAUAUUAGAUUUGGCAGGAAUCUAGAGAAAGAAAAGCUAAAUUUUUUGGCCAAGUUUCAAAAUAGAAGGAAUAAAGAAACUGUCUUCGAAUUUGGUAAAAAUCCUAACGACGAUACAGCUAUUUUGAUGCAAAAAAGAAGAAAGCAAAUAGCUCCGAUUCAAAGGAAAGCUCGUAAAAGGCAAGAGUUAUUAGACAAAGAAAGAGUUGCAGGGUUGACACACAAAAUUGAGGAUGAGAUUUUAAAAGGAGAGGAUCAUGAAGCAGGAUAUUCCGUUCCUGAAGAGGCACUAAAGUCAUUUGAAGAUGCAGACAAGAUCCUCGAGGAGCAAGAAUCUUCAAGGAAAAAGAAGUCCAAAACUUUCAGGGAUCCAAAUUUCUUUAUCAGCCAUUAUGCUCCAGCUGGAGAUAUCCAAGACAAACAAUUGCAAAUUACCUCAGGUUUUACGAAUGAUGCUGCACAAGCUGCAUAUGAUUUGAACGAUGACGAUAAAGUCCAAGUUCAUAAGCAGACGGCUACAGUAAAAUGGGAUAAAAAGAGAAAGAAGUAUGUUAAUAUGCAAGGUAUUGAUAAUAAAAAAUACAUCAUCGGUGAGAGUGGUCAAAAAAUACCAGCCAGUUUCAAAUCGGGAAAAUUUGCUGAAUGGUCUAAAUCUAGAAAUAUCAAAGGUAUCAAAACUGGUGCAAGGGAAACAAGCAUUCCAACCAACUUGCUUUCUGAUCCAACGACAGAUAGUGGUUCACAACGUGGACCAGGAGGUAGAUUCAAACACAAACAAAAUAAGGCACCUAGAUUACCUGAUAAGUUUAGAGAUGACUAUCAAUCACAAAAGAAGAAAGUACAAAGUGCAAUUGAACGUGGUGUCAGUGUUAAAGGUUUUGGUGGCUCUUCUGGUAACACAGAAUUGAAGACUACAGCCCAAAUAAGAAAGGAAAGAAUGGCAAAAGAAAAGAAGCGCCAAAAGAAUGCACGUCCAACAAAGAAAAGGAAAUUUUAG